AUGGACCUUGUAGUGCUCUCUGUAGAAGAUCUUGUAGAAGGUCUCCGGAUCUCCUGGACUGCUUUUGAUCAGAAAGGGGAAGAGAGAACUUGUUCAGAAGUCUCGAUACAGCACUUGAAUUCUUUAGCUGUUCUAAGAUACUUAGUGGGACUUGAAGGCUGUUCCCAGCAGAAAUGCAUUGUGAUCUUCGCCCUGGUAUGCUGCUUUGCCAUUCUUGUCGCGUUGAUAUUUUCUGCCGUGGACAUCAUGGGAGAGGAUGAGGAUGGUCUCUCAGAAAAAAAUUGUCAAAAUAAAUGUCGAAUUGCCCUGGUGGAAAAUAUUCCUGAAGGCCUUAACUAUUCAGAAAAUGCACCAUUUCACUUAUCACUUUUCCAAGGCUGGAUGAAUUUACUCAACAUGGCCAAAAAGUCUGUUGACAUAGUGUCUUCCCAUUGGGAUCUCAACCACAGUCAUCCAUCAGCAUGUCAGGGUCAACGUCUCUUCGAAAAGCUGCUCCAACUGACUUCGCAAAAUAUCGAAAUCAAGCUAGUGAGUGAUGUAACAGCUGACUCAAAGGUAUUAGAAGCCUUGAGAUUAAAGGGAGCCGAGGUGACCUACAUGAACAUGACCGCCUACAACAAGGGCCGGCUGCAGUCUUCCUUCUGGAUCGUGGACAAGCAGCAUGUUUACAUCGGCAGUGCCGGCUUAGACUGGCAGUCACUGGGGCAGAUGAAAGAACUCGGUGUCAUCUUCUACAACUGCAGCUGCCUGGUCCUGGAUUUACAGAGGAUAUUCGCUCUGUAUAGCUCAUUAAAAUUCAAGAGCAGAGUGCCUCAGACCUGGUCCAAGAGGCUCUACGGAGUCUAUGACAACGAAAAGAAAUUGCAGCUUCAGCUGAACGACACCAAAUCUCAAGCAUUUGUGUCGAAUUCUCCCAAACUCUUCUGCCCUAAAAACAGAAGCUUUGACAUAGACGCCAUCUACAGCGUGAUAGACGACGCCAAGCAGUACGUAUACAUCGCUGUCACGGACUACCUGCCAAUCUCCAGCACGAGCACCAAAAGGACUUACUGGCCAGACUUGGAUGGGAAAAUCAGAGAAGCCUUAGUUUUGCGAAGCGUUAAAGUCCGACUCCUGAUAAGCUUCUGGAAGGAAACAGACCCCCUUACGUUUAACUUUAUUUCAUCUCUUAAGGCUAUUUGCACUGAAAUAGCCAACUGCAGUUUGAAAGUUAAGUUUUUUGAUCUGGAGAGAGAGAAUGUUUGUGCUACAAAAGAACAAAAAGAUCACGCCUUUCCUAAGUUAAAUCGCAACAAGUACAUGGUGACAGACGGCGCAGCUUACAUCGGCAAUUUUGACUGGGUAGGGAACGAUUUUACCCAGAACGCUGGCACGGGCCUCGUUAUCAACCAGGCAGAUGUGAGGAACAACAGGAGCAUCAUUAAGCAGCUUAAGGAUGUGUUUGAGCGGGACUGGUACUCGCCCUACGCCAGGACCUUGCAGCCGACCAAACAGCCUAACUGUUCCAGCCUGUUCAGACUCAAACCCGCCUCAAACAAAAGUGCCACGUAUGGUGCCAGCACCAAGGACCCCGCCAGCGUAUAA